AUGUAUCAAAGAGCAUGGAAAAAAUGCGAGAUACCUCCAUGGCGGUAUGUAAUAGUUAUCUUGGCGACAAGUGUCUCUGCGAUUGGUCUCUCCUGUAGUUUUGCCUUCAACUUCGCUAUAGUAUGCAAAGUGAAUGCAACAGUAGACACACAUGAAUUAUACCUUCGGAACCCUUCCAAUUCACCUGUUAUGCACUUCUCUACAAUCGAGUCAAGUUUACUGUACUCGGCGUAUCCAUUGGGAAAUUUUUGUAUGCUUGUUGUUAUGUUACUUACUGGUGGAUUUUCACGGAUGAGAUGGACAAUAUUCGUUGCUAUCUUGGUAUCAUCGUUAACAACCCUUCUUGUACCUCCUCUAUACGACUGGAAUAUUCAUACCACCCUGAUUCUGAAGAUAAUACAAGGUGCCGCUGUUGCUCCAACUACUCCUCUUGUGGGUCACGUUACUGCUUAUUGGACUCCUAGGGCAGAGAUUGGGCUGUUCGUAUCGUUGCUGACUAGUUAUUCUCAGGAGCAGUUGUUAGACAAGCCAGUGGCGAAGCGUAGCCACGACCCGGUACCAUACAAGUAAGA